AUGUACGACGCGCUCGACCGCCUCAGCCACGUCCAGCACUGCAUGUUCCACGGCAAAGCCCACGAGAUUCACGACCUGUUCUGGCACGGCGCCCGGUGCGACUCGCUAGGGUCAGAGCCCCACUUCGGCGUGAUCCACUCCUCGCGCUACGACUCGUCCGAGCACAUGGAAGCCAAGAGCGGGUUCAAAUACAAGCACGGGGCGUUGAAGCUGGCGGGCGCUGACAGGGAUGACUCCACGGGCGCGGAAAAGUUCAAGGACAAGUACGACCGCAUUCGCGGGGGGGUCACGGACUCCUUG